AUGGCGGCUGAACAGAGGGCCAGAAGAGCCGAUGGCAUCCCAAGACACAGAGGGGUCAAAGUGGAAGAGCGUCAAAGCGUCAGCCCCCAAGGGGCAGAGGGAACGGACCGUGCGGGUAAACUGCCUCGGGUCCUUCAAGUGGGCACCAUUCGAGAGCUCCUGAAUUGGGCCACCCCACGGCAAAUGAAGCAGGAGCCCAGGGAGGACUUGCCCGAAGCUUGGGAAGCCCAGUGGCAGGAGUUCCUCGCUGCGCUCCGGUCCUCUCCUCUAGGGGAGGGACACCAGCAGCUGGCCGAGGGACCCGCCCCGUGGGGGGACAACAAAGCCUUCUUCGCCUCCUUUGAACGCCUGGCUGGAACCUGCCAGCUGCCCCGCCGGGAAUGGCUGGCUCGCCUGGUGCCCGUGUUGGGCAGGGAAGCCAAGGAGGCCUACAGUAGCCUCAGCCUCCAGGACCGAGGCGAAUAUGCCAAAGUCAAGGCGGCCAUCUUGAAAGAGGACGCCCUCCGGAUGGAGGCGCAACGGCAACGCUUCCGGCAGUUCCGCUACCACGAAGCCCGGGGGCCUCGGGAGGUGUGCAGCCAGCUUCGGGAACUCUGCCGAGGGUGGCUGAAGCCGGAGAAGCACACCAAGGAGCAGAUGCUAGACCUUCUAGUGCUGGAGCAGUUCCUGAUCCUUCUGCCCCAGGAGAUCCAGAGCUGGGUGAGAGAACACGGCCCGGAGUCCUGUGCCCAAGCGGUGCCCCUGGCAGAGGCCUUCCUUAUCAGGCAGCAAGAGGCCGAAAGGAAGGGGAAGCAGACUCGGGGAUCUCAGGUGGUAAAUUGGGCUGAGGUGAAACCGUCUUCUGUGGGUGCUGGGCUGAAGCGGAUUCACCGAGAGAUGAAGCAAGAUGCCAGAAUCCUGGACUUGGGAAACUCCAACGGGGAGCAUGCCGAGAAGGCCCUGAAUCGAACUACCGAAAACGGGGUGAAGGCUCCCGGCCGAGCCCAACUGGGCCAGAGGAGCUUCCAAAGCCCCGAGAGCAGGACCACUUUCCGGCCAAGCCCGGCCUUCUUCAAACACCAGCGGGUCCACGCGGCGGAGAGCCCACACCAGUGCCCGGAUUGCGGGAAGCAUUUUACGCAGCGUUCGAGCCUCACCAUCCAUCGGCGGAUCCACACGGGGGAGAAGCCCUCAGGGUUGUUAAACUCGUAG